GAUGGAGGAAUGGAUUGCUCCAUGUAAAUUUUGUGACCUGUCAAUAAUUGUAAAAAAGCAUUUUAUUUACGUUAUUUCUUACAUCCUUAUUGACAACAAUAUGACAGACGCGAAGAGUUUAAAAGAAGCCAUCGAGCAAUAUCAGACUCAGCUGUCACAAGUAGACACAACACUGUCUGCAACGCCAAUAGGAUCUGACAGAGAUAACUUGCUCAGCCUAAAAUCUGAUAUUGAGGAACUCAUUUUGUUGACAAAAGAGAGUUUGCAAAAUCUUGAAGGAGAUGAUACAAUAAACAAAAAUAGAAAUGACAAUUCUGAUAAUAAGACAGAAAAUUCAUUGGAUAAAGAAUAUGCUUUGUUUAAGGCAGAACUUGAAAACUUUUCGGAUGACAGUGAAAGUACAAAAUUGGAUAAUACAACUACCGCAGCUUCCGGUAGCAUUGAAGAUGAAUUGAAGGAGCUAGAGGGUAUGAAAUGCAAGGCCCCUUAUGGUAGUACUUGGGGUGGUACUGGUUAUCAUAAUGCUAUGGUAUGUUCUGCUUAUAGAAACAAUGAUGAGGCAAUUAAAGAUAUCCAUGAUAUUAAGGUUAGGGUAUUCUUUCUCAAUCCAACACAUAAGGAAAUGAUUCCUUGCCCAUAUUUUCUUGAUGGUAGUUGCAAGUUUUCUGAUGAAAAUUGCCAUUACUCCCAUGGCGAAAUUGUGCCAUUUUCAAGUCUACAGGAAUACAAGGAACCUGAUUUUCAUAGCAUUAAAGUGGGAAGCAGGGUAUUAACUAAAGAAAAAAACAAUAUAUGGCAUAGAUCUGUGAUUUUAAAAUUACCUGAAAAAGAUGGAGAUGAGUAUAGAAUAAAAUUUGAAGCAAGUGGCAAAAUCAUGGAAUCUAGUUUACAAGAUCUUUUACCUCUUGAUGACACAGAUUUAGAAAACUCAGAUACUUCUGAUGAUAGUGCUGAUGAUGAUGAUUCUGUCUGUAAUUCAUCAUACUCGAAUGACCAAUUGAUUCAUAAAUCUCUUUUAACAUUACAAUCUACUGAAUCUUUAGGAAAUUGGGAGAAGCAUACACGUGGUAUGGGUAGCAAAUUAAUGAUGCAAAUGGGUUAUAUAAUUGGUACCGGUCUUGGAAAACGGGGUGACGGUAGAAUAGAACCUGUUGAAGCCACAGUCUUGCCACAAGGAAAAUCUUUAGACCACUGUAUGGAAUUGCGUGAACUUGCUGGUGGUGACAAAGAUUUGUUCUCUGCAGAACGUAAAAUGCGCAAACAGCAACGAAAAUUAGAGCAGCAAAGAAAAAGACAAUAUCAAAGAGAAAAACAAAAAGACGAUAAAAACGUGUUUAACUUUAUCAAUAAAACAUUAGGCGAUAAGCCAAAAGAUGACAACGCGGCUAGUAGUUCACAAAAUAAAGAUAAACUAAAGGCAGAAUCGAAUAGGAAUCUAAAUGUAGCCAGCUUUCAAAUUGCAGAAACUAUAAGUCAUUUAGAGAAGGAAUCAUUAAAGCUCAAAGAAUCAAUGGCUAGGCAUGCUAAGGGUAGCAUACUUUACAAUAAUAUUAUGGUAAAAUAUGAUGAGAUACAGAAGGAGCUUACUAAUUUAAAAGCUUCUGAGAAAAGUAUUGUCGCUGAACAAAAUCAAAGGAAGAAUAAAGCUAAAUUAACUAUAUUUUGAUAUCAAGAUAGCAUGAAUAAAAUAACACAUUAAAUGUCUGUAUAUAAAGCAAAUCUAAAUACAAUGAUUUAUUAACA